AUGCCGAGGGGAUUACGGCAUAUGAUUGGCAUCUUAGUUCGAAGCUUCGAAUGCGGACUUGAUAUCGAGCUGAAUCACCUGCUGAACUUGCUGGAAAUCAGGAAAGCUCCGAAAGGAAAUAGAUUCUAUAUUUCCAACAAGGCAAAGCGACGGAUCAUAGGCGGUUUUCCCAGCAAGGAUCAGUUUUGGACUGAACGCUUCUUCUACGUCUUGGUGAACGAGGCGUCGGUCGGCGAGGAUUACGUUCAAAGAACCAAGACCGCUUGGGGACCACUUCGUAGCCGACCCGAAGCUUUGCCUCGGCUCAGAACUUUUUUUUGUUCGGUGCUUUCUUCCCCGAUUCCCGACGACCUCUUUACUGUUCGAGACUCUCUUUCGGCGCGGAAGGUUAAUUGGAGGAAGAAUUUCACCCUCGAAAGAGUAGAAAAAGCACGAGCCAUCUUUGCCGGAGUCCCCGUCAGCUCUUCGUCCUCCAGUUCUUCAAGAGAUACCCGAGAGAAGAUGGUGAUAAUCGCUCUGAGAGAAAGGAAGAGGCGCGAGGAAGAAGAGGCCGCGAGACGAGCUACCGAGGCAGCUCAAGCGCAGACCGAGGCGGUUCCAGCGCAAACUGAGGCCAUCCCUCAACCCGACUCGCCGAGCCGGGAAGGAGACGAAAUGGUCCGAGCUGCAGAAGGCAACACUGCCGAGGCGGUCGAGAGAGAUGCAGCGCCCGAGGUGGAACCGGGCGAAAUUAUUCCCGAGGCGUCCGGGGAUGAUUUGGCGGUGCGGAGCAAAACUCCUUCGAACUCCGCCAUUUUAGCCCUCUCGAAGUCGACGAGGCCCCCGACUUCAGUUGUUCAGAAACAUGACCCGAGCCAAAAACGUUCGGCCGCUGACAAGGGGAAGGGCGUUGCUGUUCAGAAGGACGAGCCGUCCAAGAAGAGGCGGAAGCCGACGCUCGGGGACCCCACCGCGCGCAAGUUGGUCGUCGACGACCCCGACGCUUCUGCCGUCAUGUUCUCGCGUGUAAAUAAUGCGAACACGCGUCUUCCUCCUCCGGAGAAGCUGAGGAGGCCGAGGUCGUACGGGGCGAUAGCACAGCGCGGUACCAAGUUUGUCGCGGCCAUUAACGACCUGAUGGCCGAGUACGAGGCGGACCUGUCUAAGGUCGAACGUCGCUUGGCCGAGGCCCGAAAUGAGACUGCAGCGUCAAGGGCAAAGCUGGAAAAGGCUCAGAACGAAGCCGCGGCGGCAAAGGAGAAACUUGACGAGGCGAUGUCCAGAGUGUCGAGGUUGGAAGAGGAGAAGAUAGUUCUCCGCGCCGACGUUGACAAAGUUUCCGCCUCGGUGAUUCGCCUGGAGGAAGCAAGGAGAGCCAAAAGCGCCGAGGUGGCGUUGCUUAAAAGGUGUAUUGAGGCCAAGGAUGCUCUGUUCGAAGCCAAGGUCAAACGUCCGAAGAAGGAGGCGAGGCGAGAGCUGACCGCUAAGUUUCAGGAGCGCCUCGCCAAAGUAGAGGAGGGUCUGGCCAAGCUCGAGAAGGCCAAAAACGACGAGAACGAUCUGGGGCAAAUCAAGGGCAACCUUGCGAUGAUUUCCAUCCUGAAGAAACCAGACGCCCCAACGCUCGAUGAUGAGGAGGCCCAGCUAAAAAGCUGGGAGAGCGAAUAUGCCGACGACGACGCGUAUGAGCGCAUCGCCUCCGAGAUUCGAGGCGAGCUGGUUUUCUCGCCCGUAUCGCUGGACUCGGUCGACACCAGCCUUGGUAAUGAGCCGCUCGAAGAGACAGCGGCCGACUUAAGCGUUGUAGAUCCGAACGGAUCGAACGCGGGUACGCCGGUCCUCUCGAACCUCCUUGCCGAGCGUGAAACGCGGUCCGCGGCCUGA